UGUUUAGUCACGUGUCACCUUAAAAGAUCGAACGUUGUGGAGCUGGCAGGCUAAACAGAAACUAAUUAUUUCUGUUAAAAUGUCUUUUAUUAACGUGCCAGCUGAUAGCCACUUUCCAAUCCAAAACCUUCCAUAUGGCAUAUUUUCAACGCAAGACAAUCCAAAACACAGAAUUGGAGUUGCAAUUGGAGAUCAGGUUCUGGACUUGUCUGUCAUCAAAGAUGUUUUUUCUGGGCCUGCCCUAGUAAAUCAUCAGUCAGUCUUUGAUCAGCCAACAUUAAAUGCUUUUAUGGGGCUUGGAAAGGCUGCUUGGACUGAGGCUAGACAAACGUUGCAGAGGAUUUUAUCUGCUAAUGAGGGCUAUCUCAGAGAUAAUGCUGAUCUUCGAAGCAGGUGCCUUGUCCCACAAAGCUCAGUUCAAAUGCAUCUACCUGCAGAAAUUGGUGACUAUACUGAUUUUUACUCCUCAAGACCACAUGCAACUAAUGUUGGCACCAUGUUUAGAGGGAAAGACAAUGCUCUAAUGCCUAAUUGGCUGUAUUUACCUGUUGGUUACCACGGCAGAGCUUCCUCAGUUGUUAUAUCAGGCACACCUGUUAGAAGACCUUGUGGUCAGUCAAGAGCAGAUGACACAAAGCCACCUUCUUUUGGACCAUGCAAAAUCAUGGAUUUUGAGCUGGAAAUGGCUUUCUUCGUUGGGAAAGGCAACAGUCUUGGUGAACCAAUAAAGGCCUCAAAGGCAGAUGAGCAUAUUUUUGGAAUGGUGUUGAUGAAUGAUUGGAGUGCUCGCGAUAUACAGAAAUGGGAAUAUGUACCCCUUGGACCAUUUACUGCCAAGAAUUUCGCGACUACAGUUUCACCGUGGGUGGUAACCAUGGAUGCAUUGGCUCCUUUUGCUCUCAAAAAUGCUCCCCAGGAUCCAGAACCCUUUGACUAUCUUAAGCAUGACGAUCCGUAUACAUUUAACGUAAACCUCGAAGUUGGAAUACAAGGAGAUGAUAUGUCUUCUCCAGCAACUGUUUGCAAAUCAAAUCUCCAGAAUAUGUACUGGACUGCUAAACAACAAUUGGCCCACCAUACCGUCACGGGCUGCAAUGUUCGUCCUGGGGAUCUUUUGGCGUCGGGAACAAUCAGCGGAGAGGACCCCACCUCCUUCGGCUCUUUGCUUGAAUUGUCGUGGAGGGGCAGCAAAACUCUAGAUCUUGGAAAUGGCAAAACAAGAAAGUUCCUUCAAGAUGGAGAUACGGUUGUAAUGACAGGAUAUGCUCAAGGUGAUGGGUAUCGUGUUGGCUUUGGAGAGUGCACUGGGAAGGUCCAGCCUGCGUUAUCUUGAAAAGGUAAACUACAACGAAGAACGUGUGCAUUUUUCUCCUAGUUUGAACUUAAGAUAAACAAAAUCUUGUCUCUUUAACCUCGGUACAGAUUUGUCAUCGAUUGAAGCGUAACAAAUUCUGUAUGGCUGUGAAAAUAUUUAUUAUGAAUGCAGUGCUCAUUGUAAUUAGUCCAA